AUGGCGUCCAAACCAAAUGUCAUAUUCUUUUUGUUAUUAGUCACUAUUACUUUUGUAAAGACUCAAAUUCUAGGUAACCUUUUGGGCAAUACAGUCGAAGGCCUUUUAGGCAGCACUGAAGACUUUGCUUUAAAUUUCACAGAACGUACUGCCCGAUUUGGUUUUGAAUCUGAUGAACACAAAGUGAUAACAGAAGAUGGAUAUGUCCUUACCGUUUUUAGAAUGAGAAAAAAGGACUGCGGUGAGUUGAACAAGACGCCAGUGAUACUUUGGCACGCACUUACACAGACUGCUGACGAUUGGUUGGCUGCUGGUAUAAACGGGAGUUUGGCGUAUCCGAUAGCUGGCGAGUGUCAUGAUCUGUGGCUCGCCAAUGACCGAGGUAACUACUAUAGUAGAGCACAUGUCCGUUUAAAUCCAGAUAAAGAUUCCAAAUUUUGGGACUAUUCAUUUGAUGAAAUAGGACGAUAUGAUGUUCCUGCGACCAUAAAUUAUAUUUUAAAAUAUACUGGAGAGGACAAAGUGAACUUUAUUGGCUUUUCCCAAGGUGCCACUUCACUCCUCAUUUCAUGUUCAGAAAGACCUAGAUAUUGCGACAGCAAAGUUAACGUCUUUCUAGGUCUUGCUCCAGCGGUGAAAAUUAGCAACAUGAAGUCAACAUUGUUGAGGGUGGUUCUUGAAAGUUUAAAUCAGUUCAAAGGAAUAUUAACUACAUUAGGUAUUAAUGAGGUAUUGGCUAGAGGUGGAGCUACACAGGACUUGACAGGUCUUUUGUGCAUUUUGAGUCCAACUGCCAGUAUCCUUUGCGGUGCUGGAGCAGGAACGAUAGACUCCUUCCACCCUGGAUCUAUUACAGGCGAAACUUGGCAAACGGAAUUGCCAAAUAUGCUAGAAGCGUACAAAGUAUCUGACCCAUCGUGGAACCAUAUGGACAUGGCAUACAGUCAGAAUAUCAAUACAAUGAUAUUUCCUAAAGUGAAAGAGUAUCUAAAUUACAACAAACAAUAA